CCAACGCCCAGUUGGCAAGGGCCGCCUGGAGCCAGAGGAUGGACUUGAUUGGUCGGCCGGCGGGCCCUGCCUUCUGGCCCUCUGGCCCUCUGCCGGUGGCCGCGGACCGGUGCGCCCCGGGCUGGGCUCCAGACUCCGCCCGCUUCCCGCUCCGCAGGUAUUUGAGGCCGUGGCGGCGCGGACGUCUUCAUCUCCCGGCUCUGCUCGCUGCAACCCAGGUACCGAGGGUCCGGGGCUCGCCAUCAUGGAUCCUCUGUUGGAAGCAAAUGGCACCUUUGCCUUAAACCUUUUGAAAACACUGGGUGAAGACAGCUCGAAAAAUGUAUUUUUCUCACCCCUGAGCAUCUCCUCAGCUCUGGCCAUGGUCUUCAUGGGGGCAAAGGGAACCACCGCAAGCCAGAUGGCUGAGGUGCUUUCUUUGAAUAAAUGCAGCAGCAGUGGAGGUGGAGAUGUCCACCAGGGCUUCCAGUCUCUUCUCAGCGAAGUGAACAAGACUGGCACGCAGUACUUGCUCAGAACAGCCAACAGGCUCUUCGGGGAAAAGUCUUGUGAUAUCCUCUCUAAUGAGGAGAAACCUGUGCAAAUGAUGUUUAAGAAGUCGACUUUUAAGACGACCUAUAUAGGAGAGAUAUUCACCAGGAUUCUGUGGCUUCCCUAUGUGGGCAAUGAGCUGAACAUGAUCAUCCUGCUUCCGGAUGAGCACAUGGACUUGAGAACGGUGGAAAAGGAACUAACUUAUGAGAAUUUCAUGGAGUGGACCAAGCUGGACAAGAUGGACGAAGAAGAAUUGGAGGUUUUCCUGCCUCGGUUUAAACUGGAGGAGAAUUACGACAUGAAGGAUGUCCUUUGUGGUCUAGGUAUGACUGAAGCCUUUGAUCAGACCAAGGCAGACUUUUCUGGAAUAUCCAAGGAAGGCUUGUCUCUGUCCAAGGUUGUACACAAGGCCUUUGUGGAGGUCAAUGAGGAGGGCACAGAGGCUGCGGCUGCCACAGCUGCCAUAAUGAUGCGGAAGUGCAUGAUGUUCGCCCCAUCCUUUUGUGCCGACCACCCCUUCCUUUUCUUCAUCCAGCACAACAAGACCAACGGGAUUCUGUUCUGUGGCCGGUUCUCCUCUCCCUGAGGAAGGGGUCCUGUAUGUCAGUCCACUGCCUUUUGCCCACCCUUCCUUCCACUCUCCAUAGUUUGCCUGUAACCCAAGUGACCUUAUCCAUAAAUGCAGUGACAAUUAAAAUAAAGGGCUUUAUGGUGGAAUCCCA